UCUUCCGGGCUCUGCGCCUGCGCUCAAACGCUCGUAUCCCUCCGCCGAUUCCCCCUCUUUUGUCAGAGACCGUUUGUGCGAUAAAAUAAUCCCGCGUCCCGAUGAGAGAAAAAACACCCCUCAGGUUCGCAACUUCGAGGCGCCCCGUUUCCCCAGCCGAGAGAAUUUCUCACGAGAAGUACCGCAGUGCGGCCUUCCCAGAUCCGCGCGAGGUCCCCCGCCUUCCCCUCCUCCUCCUCGGGCCUCUUCUUCCUUCUUCGCCUCACCCCUCACCAGAGCGACCGCCUGUGUCCUUCCGCCGAUCGCGAGCGGGGACUUUUUUGUGGGGCUUUUGGGCGCCUAUGAGAAGCGGCGGCGGCCUUCGGCGCCCCUGCUCGUCGUGCUGGUGGGCGGCGGCGGCGGCCGGGCGCAGGCAACACGGUAAGCGAGCCCUCCUCGCCUCCGCUUCUUCGUCUUCCUUUCUCCCCCCCACCUCCAAUGGCCGGGCCGGCCAAGCUUUUCCAGAUGUCCCUAGUAGAUUUGGGAAAGAAGCUUUUAGAAGCUGCCCGAGCAGGACAAGAUGACGAAGUUCGCAUUUUGAUGGCCAAUGGUGCACCUUUUACUACCGACUGGUUGGGAACAUCUCCACUUCAUCUUGCGGCACAAUAUGGGCAUUAUUCUACCACUGAAGUGUUACUUCGAGCAGGUGUAAGUCGAGAUGCCAGGACCAAAGUGGACAGAACUCCAUUGCAUAUGGCAGCCUCUGAAGGCCAUGCAAGCAUAGUAGAAGUUUUGCUUAAGCAUGGUGCUGAUGUGAAUGCAAAGGACAUGCUGAAGAUGACUGCUCUUCAUUGGGCCACGGAACACAAUCACCAAGAAGUUGUGGAACUCUUAAUAAAAUAUGGAGCAGACGUCCAUACGCAAAGUAAAUUUUGCAAAACAGCAUUAGACAUUGCUGUGGACAAUGGAUAUGAAGACCUGGCAGAAAUAUUACAGAUUGCAAUGCAGAACCAAAUCAACACAAACCCAGAAAGUCCCGACACUGUGACGAUACAUGCUGCAACACCUCAGUUCAUCAUUGGACCUGGCGGGGUAGUGAACCUAACAGGUCUGAUAUCUUCUGCAAAUACAUCAUAUACAGCAGAUGACACAGGAGUGUCUGCUGUCCAGUUCGGUAAUUCCUCGACUUCAGUAUUGGCAACUUUGGCUGCCUUAGCAGAAGCUUCAGCUCCUUUGUCCAACUCUUCAGAAACACCAGUUGUUGCUACAGAAGAAGUAGUGACUGCAGAAUCUGUGGAUGGUGCAAUUCAGCAAGUUGUCAGUUCUGGAGGUCAGCAAGUUAUUACUAUAGUAACUGAUGGCAUUCAGCUUGGAAAUCUCCAUUCCAUUCCAACCAGCGGAAUGGGUCAGCCCAUAAUCGUGACAAUGCCAGAUGGGCAGCAAGUACUUACAGUACCAGCAACAGACAUUGCUGAAGAAACGGUGAUCAGCGAAGAACCUCCGAUGAAGAGACAGUGUAUUGAGAUAGUUGAAAGUCGGGUGGAGUCUGCAGAAAUAGAAGAAAGAGAAACAUUACAGAAACAGCUGGAUGAGGCCAAUCGAGAAGCACAGAAGUAUCGCCAGCAGCUUCUGAAGAAAGAGCAGGAGGCAGAAGCCUAUCGGCAGAAGUUGGAGGCAAUGACCCGCUUGCAGACUAACAAAGAAGCUGUUUGAAUGGUUAAAGUGAGCAUCCUCUAAAGCCGGUUUAGAAAAUGUCAGUUCAGUCUGGAUCUGCAUGUUGCAUCAGGAACAGACCCGGGAUUAUAUGCUAGAGAAGAUGCUACAGGUUUGAAACUGGACUUACGCCAUGAGCUCUAGUGAAUUUCUUGUAUCAUAAAAAACUCAGAAUUUAGACAUUUUGUGCAAAAGAAAAAUAUUUAAAAUGAAAUACUGUAAAUAGUUGUUUUUUUACAGUUCUAAGAUUAGUUGCUUAAUCUUUUUGAAGGGAUCCACAAACAUGCAAAGCCAAUGUUUUUGUGACCUUUUUGAUUUUAGUACAAAACUGCUGAAAUACAGAACAGUUUUAAGGGUGAUAACUGUUGAUUUAAACUGACUGUGUAAAAAUGAAUUAUGUGACAGAACCAAUCCUGAAAGCUAGCGACUUAGACCUCUGAGCAAAUGCAUUUUCUCAUGGAAAUCCUUUGUAUAGCUUUAAGUGGAUGUCCAGAGUCUCUGAACCCUGCCCCCCAUUUUUUUUAGAAAAAGUGUAAUUUUUUAUAUUUAAUUUCUGAUAUAUUCAAGUAGAUUGACAUGUAUAUGAAGUUGAUAUUUUUUAAACUUUCAGUUUGUACAUAUGCUGCAUGUUUAUAUAUAUAUAUAUAAUUUCUACAUACAUCUUACAGAAGUAUUUUUCAGUAAAGAAGAGGGGAAAUUAUGAUAAAAAAUGUCUAAUCUAUAUGUCAUGGGUGGAGGGAGAGAAGCAAGCUGGUGGUGUGUUUUUUUUUUAAUUGGGAGUGGCAUUUCUUGAUGGAAUGUAGCCUGAGAGAAGAAAAAGAAAACCAAAUCCAGUAUUUAUGUAACACAGCCUUUGCCAACCUGGUGGCUUCCAGAUGUUUUCGGAUUACAAUUCCUAUCAGCCCCAGCCAGCUCAGCUGUGCUGGCUGAUGGGAGUUGUAGUCCAACACAUCUGGAGGCCACCAGCUUGGCUUAGGCUGAUACAGUAUAUGGGUUAUAUGAAACUAUUACACGUGGAGCAUGAAAUCACAUUUCUAGUGUGUCUUAAUGCAUCUGGGCCACAAUUCUGCAGGUGGAGAUCAAGUUGCAAAGCAGUCAGCUUAACUUCCCCUUCCUUCCUAUGCCACCACCUGCUGGAGGAUGGGCCUUAUCUUUUCAGGCUAUUCACUUCCCAGCAUGAUAUUAAAAAAAAAGUGGCUGCAGUUGUUAUCUGUGAUGGCCACAGGGGGGAAAUUCACUUUAAAGAAUCUAUAGGUGAAUGACAUAGAGCUGUACUUUAUAAGAUGUGUAUAAUUGUUACUGACCAAAAGCAGGUAUGAAUGAGCUGAGCUCAUAAAACAUUUGACAAUAUCUAUGCAUGCAAAUUGGGUAUACAACAAAUGAGUGAAUCAUAUGACCUGUACAAAUUACUGAAGAGGAAACUGCUGUUUAAUGAGAAAGAGUUGAGAUUUAUUUGUAAGAGCAAAAAACAAUUCACUUCUUUACAUAUAACAGAGGGGAUGAGAGGGUCUUGGUUCCAAGUGAACACAAGCCACCAUGAGUUAGGUGUGGGAAGGGCACAGAGGCUGCAUGGCAGAGGAGGCGAGGUUAAGCUGGACCCUUACGGGGAGCUACUCCUCAUCCUGCUCUCCUCUUAGAGGACUGUGACAAUAUAAAGAAAUAUAGGAACAUUGGGCACAAUAGCUGGGACCUUGUCCUGUGCAAGCCCCUUCAAAUGGACAUGAGUAAUACAGCAGACAGGACUCUUGAGCAGCUUGGAUUCACUUUAAAUAGAAACCACAAAGGUGAAGUUCCCUGUUCUUCUGUUUCACUGCUCCUGUGAUCGCUGCUCUUGUUUGUUUCAGGGAAGCUUGCAAAGGAACACUUGAAUUGCCCUAAUCAUGAAUUCCAGAGACAGAAUUUCAGAGAUUCUGCAACCAACACACACACACACUCACUCACUCACUCACUCACUCACUAUAGUUGAGUUGACGCUAUUGUUGCCUACAGUGGUUUAGGAUUGCUAGGAUUAUGUUUGAAUUUGUGUGGUCAUCAAAAAUAAGAUGGCAUUUCCAUUCUACAGUGCUUUAGGUCUUUAAAGCAUUGCAAUAUCAGUGAAUAGAUGGGCAGUUCCAAAUGCUUUUAUGUUUGAGAAUAUAGGAUUUUUUUAGGAUUGAUACCCUAAUUUUGAUCACCUCCCUGGGAAGUAAGUAGGUAAGUAAGCACUUGGUCCCAAACUGGGAUUGAAGGGGAGAUAGAUAUAACAUAACAUACCAAGGGCCUCAAAACUCAGGCCUGGUCUACUCAUGCAGCAGAGUGAAAGGUAGAAUGGACUGUUACCAUUUCAGGUUGCAGGUGGGAGCUGCCAUUUUUUAUUGCUCCCUCGUGUGUGUGGUUUGUUUUUUUAAAAAAUAAACUUCCAAGAAGAAGACUAGUACGUUAGGGGGAAUGAUGCUGGCCCAGCUCUCUCCCUCAUGAGCUCGUUUUCUACUUACAGGAGACUUUUUUACAUAAUUGAAUAUUCAAAAAUGCAAUUGAUGGUACUGUGUUUUCUAUCAUAUUCUCCUCCUGCAAGUGUCGAUCCAGCAGAACUAAGAGUAACAUUCAGAUGUUUAUGGCUUUUAGACCUUCACCUAGACCAGGUGUGGGGAACCUUUGGCUCACCAGACGUUGCUGAACUACAACUCCCACCAGCCCCAGCAAGCAUGGCCAAUAGCCAGGCAUGAUGAGAGUUGUAGUACAGCAACAUCUGAAAGGCCAAAGGUUCCCCACGUCUGACUUAAACCAUACUGCCUUAAAGAUUACUGACUCUUUGUUGCAUUACACUUCAAACUACUGUGCAGCUCCUUUAUUUCAGAGUAUACCUUGUAUUUGAUUUGUGCUUUGCUGUGUCUGUUUCAGUGCUUUUAUGAAAAUGUAUAACUUUAUAAAUCAUCUAGAUUACCUAUACAAAAUUGUUGCCCUUAAAACUGUACUCUGGCCUACUUUUUCUAUUUACAAUUAAAUAUCUUUUCCACA